GGCAACUUUUCCCUCAGUUUGUUCUCAGCGUCCAUCGCGGAGCCACGUCGCUCCGCCGCGGAACUUUACGAAACCGGUUAUUAUUUGAAAGUGCUAGGUGUGGCCUACCAGUGUUUUAUAGUGUGUGUUGGAUUUACCAUUAUCACAGAGUGCGCGCAGUGAGUGAGCAGGACAACGGAACCGGUCGAAGGAUACGUUUUUUUUUUAAAUUGGUCUAGUUAUGCUGUGUUGAGUGUGAGUUUAAAAAGUUAAAGUUCCAAGAUGGCUGCUUUUCCCGCGUUACUGUUGUUGUUCGUCGCCGUCGUUUCAGGCCAAAUCCAAAUAACGCCUCGCGAAGCAGUCCGGCAAGUCGGAGAGAGCCUCGACGUGUUGUGCAAAGUCAACUACCCCAUCUCGUUCUGUCGAGUGGAGAUCGGGAGAGAGUCCUAUACGAUCCCCAGCAACUCCCCCGCCCCUGGAGACCCCACUUACUAUGGCAGAGGCCUACAGGAGGGUGAAUGCGGUGCCCACAUCACGAAUAUAAAAGAGGCGUGGAACGGAGACGUGUACUGUUCGGUACCGCAACAGAUCGGCAGCCGGGAGAUCAAACAAUCUAUGAAGCUUAUAGUUGCACGACCCCCUGGCAACCCCGAGUUAAUAGUGUCGCCGCCACAGAACGAGCUGAAAGAGGGAGAGACCAUCCGGGCGAUAUGCAGGGUGCCGCGCGGCCGCCCCGCUGCCAACAUCACCUGGCAUUUAGGUGACGAAGAAAUCCUGAACGGCCUGAAGCCCCCCGUCGUAUCCAACUCCUCGGAGCCGGGGCUGGAGGACGUGACCCAGGAGCUGAACAAGGUGCUGACGGCUGAUGACGACAGGAAACAGCUGGCGUGCCGCGUGUCGCAUCUCGGACUCAACAGGCCUCUGGAGGCCCGCAGGCAGCUCGAUGUGCAGUACCCUCCUCGCCGCGCCGACGGCAACAGCGACGAGCAGAUCACCAUCUUCGGCCUCAAGAUCCAAGAGGACGGUCGCCUCAACGUCACCGUCCGGUCCAACCCGGAACCCACGGUGGAGUGGAAGGUGUCCGACGUUACGCUGGUGCCGGGACACCCCAACAGCCACCCCAAUGAGAACAGCGUGUGGACUGCCCUCCAUCCAUUGCGAUUGCCUCAAGACGAGGUGCACGGCAGCGGCUACUACAACGUCACCCUCGUCCUGUCUCCCGUCACCAGCGAGGACGUGGAACGGAACUACUUCCUGGCACUCUCGAACAAGCAUGGGGAAAAGCGGCUCAUGGUCAAGCUGAGCACCCUGGAGCAACCUGCUGGGAUGGAGCUGGAAGCCGGAGCGAUAGUCGGCAUCGUGGUCGGGGUCCUCAUCCUUCUGCUGGCCGUCUUCCUCGUGGUGUUCGCCAAGGCCACCGACAGAUGGUGCUUCGCAGGAGGCAGAGGACGCGAUCACACCAAGAACUCUGGAGAAUCGACGCCGGCGGGCGAUGUGCUUAUUGAGGGGUUCCCGCUGCCUUCUAGAACUAGCGACACGGAGAGCGCGGUCGGCAGCGGGCGGCCAUCGCGGCUAGCUAACCUGGGGGCGCGCGUUCGGUCAGUGCUGCCGAGGGGGAAGGAUAAAGUGCAGGCUACGGAGCCACAGGCUGAUAAGCCCUUAGCGGAAGAGAAAAAAGGCGUAGUCUACGCCGAGCUCGCUCUCGGCGAGCAGACCUCGGACAAGCCGCAACCGCCGUCCGCCGAGUACGCCGAGAUCGUGUACACCGAGCAGCCCACAGACACCAAGGAAACCAAGGAAUAA